AUGGCGGGUGAACUAUCCAACUCUUCCAAAUAUCUGGCCGUCCCAUGUCUUACCGUGACAACCGUGAUCGCCUUGUAUCUCGUCGUCGCCGCGCGGAAGAAUAACACCUACUCUGGAAGCCUCUAUAACUUCGUGUCCGCGAAUCGAGCAACAACUCAGAUCAUCGUUCAGAUCGUCGCAUUCGCGCUUGGAACUCUGCACCUCUACGUCCUUACGACUUUGAUCAACUUUUCUUCCCGGUCGCGGCUCCAGAUGAGCCCGACGAAAUUGGACACUAUCAAGAUGUGGGCUGCUGUCUGUUCUCUUCGCAUGGACUGGAGUCUGCCUUUGGGUUCCUGGCUAAUUCUCUGCGCACUUCGUGUUGUGGCACUCAUUCCUCCUGCCCUGUGGGCCGGUGCCGUAACACCCGUGGUCACGGGCAAGAUCGUUUCAUCGUCGAUUGCGAUACCAGUCUAUUCUUCGGACCCCACUGGGCUCUACUGGAAUCGAACUUGGAAUCCGUUCAGAGAUGCGAAUCUAACUCGAAACGACAAAGGGACUUUCUCUUACGCCCCAGGUGUUGCAAUCCAGGGCAUCAUCCUCCAAAACGCUGCUUCUACUACCUCUACUAAUGGAAGCCUCCAGGAACACAGGAAGAAUGAUGUCUCUCGACUUUCUUAUAGCGGAAGAUCAUACGGUGUCGGCGCUUCUGCAGGAAUAAUGGAUCUCACCCUGGAGGCGGCCGAGACUAUCAAGGGAUAUGCGUACUUCGAGAAAGGUUAUCAAAGCAACGUUUCCUGUAUCAGGAACUCAUCUUCGGCAUGGACGAUCCAACAAGGCCCUAUACUCCAUCAUAGCACCUAUCCAAAUAUGUAUUUGGCCAGUGGCCACCUUCCAAACACAGCCAACGUUAUGUCCGAUCGCUACUACACCCUCGGCCUUCAGGCGACCUUGGACUCUAAGAUUGUUGCAUUGUUGGGACGUACGGCGAACAACAGGAGCAUCGUCGCCAUCGCUGUGGGGAAGAAAUCGGGGCCAUAUACUUCACUCAAGCAUAUACAGUGCGAGGUAACCUUCAUGCCAAGAAACUUCUCUGUCAAUGUCGACACCGAUGAGCUCGUGAUAACCGUCACCCCGGUUGGGCCUGCCGAUGAAAUUGAUCCAACCUCUUCGAUAACUGGUCCUGGUCAAGGAGUUCUAAUUCAGGAGACCAUGAUGUCUCUAACCCAAGUGUCGAUGAUCAACACGGACUCGUAUACAUCGGUCGUAGGGGAUGCCCUACUGUCAGAGAUCGCCAAUGUCGCAGUGGCAACCAACGCCCCGCUCAACGGAACGGCUGCGGUCAUGAAUGGCAUGGCUCGUGCCUUGGAGUCAAUGAUCGACGACAUCCUCGGAGCCUAUUCCAGCGCUCAACUGAUGAUCGCCGGAUCUGACCAGCCAGAGACCUCGCGCACUGCUACCGAUGUUUCCGCCGCUAUAAGGGCAGUCCAGAUCGGCAACAAAGAAUACAUCUAUGCCAUCAUGGUCAUCAAUGGCUUGUUGAUCCUCCUCUUCGUUGCUGAAACGAUCCGCACGCGUGGAUGGCGUAACCUGCCAGCAUUUGACUACCAAGAUAUAAAAAGCGUCAUUGUAGGCAGCUACAUUGGCAGCGCGGGAGCUGGCCAGACAAUGAUUGUGUCUCAUGCUUGGAAGGGCGACUCGUCGGAUACGUUAGCCGGUGCUAUUCAGGUCCAGCUUGUGGAUCGCGAUGGCUAUCCGGCUCUUGUCGAACCCUCAGCCACUGACAAGAAUGUACUAGGGAGCUCAUCAACCAGCUCCGGAUACGUCGCCGUUUCCAACACAGAGCCCUUUUGCAGUCAGCGGUCGGUCUUCGUACCGGUGGGCUUGUUACAGGGAGGUUCCGAGGACUAA